CUGCGAUCGAUGUAAAUUCUUCAAUAUUGAUUUUCGUUAUAAAGUAAAACUUUCGUGAAAAUUAAUAAAUAAUUGAUGCGCUUUCGUGCAUCUCAGAUUAUACAAAAGUGGCAAGUGAAUCAAAAUGUGAGAACACAGUUAUCAGUGCUUCAGAUCCAUACAAAAGGACGGUUUGUUGACCAUUGAAAUGUUGUCGUUUUUUGACAAGUUGAGGAUAUCAAAACCAACAGGACCGAAGUAGCUUUGUGGAAUCUAUCAGCCUUCUGUAAAACUCGAUCAAGACUGAUUGGACAAAGGUUUCAGUCUUCCAGGGCUUAACCUCGAUCCUAAAUUCGGCGGCAGGAAUUCAUCGAAUAGAAAGGAAGCUCUUGGACGUUUUCAUGGGUCGCUCGUCAUCUUAGGAGGCUGGAACUUGGACCGAGGACGAUGCUUGUUGGUUUUGAGACGACGCGACGGGAAUUUUCGGCAACUGCAGAGCUUCCGGGAACAAUGUUUACGAGGAAAAUCUCAUAACCGUUGACGAGUCGAAAUUAAUGGCAGAAAAUUUGCUAGUGCCAUUUCCUGUUUUGAAAUUGACUACGAAGCUACUGGGGAAGCCAGCACUUGGUAAUGUCACUGUCACUUUCAACUCUUACACGAAACGGAAUCCAAAAAUCCCCGACGUAUUCGACCUGGAUAAGAACAAUCGCAGGAGCCAAUUGGGUUAUAGUUUUUUCGACGCUAUGCGCUCAACGAUUUUCGUCACUCAUGGAUGGAUGGAAAAUGGAAAAAGUGAAAUGUGCACUCGACUGUGCGACGAAUACCUAGCAAACGGCGACGUAAAUGUGGUUGUCGUUGACUGGCACGGAGACACUUUUUCGACUUAUGAAUCCGCAGCGAAAGAAGUCGAAUUGAUCGGCGAAAAGAUUGCUCUGUUCAUGCAAUAUCUCGUAAGGAACACGCAUUUGGACCUCUCGAGAGUUACCUUCGUCGGCUAUGAUAUGGGGGCUCACGUAAUGGGGGUCGCUAGUAACAAAAUGGUGCCCCGUGUCAACACGAUCGUCGGAUUGGACCCACCUUUCCACGAGUUCGAAGGACUUGAAGAGGCAAAAAAGUUGAAUCGUGGGAGCGCGAAUUACGUGCAAAUAAUCCACACGAACGGUGGUUUCUACGGUUCCAAGAAAGCGGUUGGUCACGCAGAUUUUUAUCCAAACAGUGGAACCACUCAGCCAGGAUGCUACGAUGACAAUAUUUGCUCGCACAAACGAGCGUGGGAGUAUUUUGCGGAAUCGAUAAAUAGCCAGACCGGAUUUUAUGGUGAGAAGUGCUUGACGCAUGAGCAUCUCACUAGUUUGGUUACGAAUCCCAACGAAGCUAUUGCCUGUGACCUUGGAGUGUUUGGAAAGAUGGGUGGACACGACCCGGCUCAUGACAUCCAAGGAAUCUUCCAUUUACAAACGAGAGCCGAGGCUCCUUUUGCGAUCGGGAAACCAUGAGAAAGUCUCCAGUUAAAUGAAGAUCCAGAUUAUCAGCGAUUCUUUUUAACGUUUCGAUCGAUUAAAAAAAAAUCGACAAAUGACAUUUCACAUCGGGGCCAAAAAAGACCGCGAAAUUUUGUCUUGAACGCGUUGCAGUUGUUUAAAAAACUAAUUAAUUUAUAACAUUAAUUGAACGAUUGAUCGAUUCUUAUAAUGGCUCGUAUUUAUCAUUUUUAUAUCGAAUAAAAAUCUCGUUGUUGCAUCGAUCCUGAGAAAACGGAGGCUGCAGCUACGCCGAUAAAGAUUGUUGAUAUUUAAAUUGUUUUGACGACUGUCAUUAGAGCGGAAUUUCGAAGUGUUUUGUUACAGUCAUUGUCCCUAAUUGUCUCGAAGU